AUGUUUGGUUGUAAAGUGAAAUCAAUGUGGUUAUUGGCAAUCCUUGUAAUAAUAUCUCUAUGCCAUUACAAGAAUGUGAAAGGAGAAGAUUGUGAAACUGAUAUUCUUGGCAUGAAUAUUGAGUGCAUGUAUUACAUGAACAUAGGAGGUCCAGAAGAACCAAUCCCACCUAAUGAUCGAUGUUGUAAUGUCAUUAAAACUGCUAAUGUACCAUGUGUUUGCAAGAAUGGUCUCAGUCGAAAAUUGCCUUUUUAUCCUAACAUGACAUUUGCCGAUGUAAUUAGCUGGAAAAAAGUGAUGUACUGUUUCGAUAAAUGUGGCAGACCUCUUCCUCAUGGCUUCCAGUGUGAUAGAUUCACUGUACCUCCAAUGCCCUCCUAUCAAUUAAAUCAGAUUUGA